AUGAAUUUUGAAUUUGAGAGGGAGAUUGGGUUUAUAAACAGCCAGCCAACGCUUGCAGAGUGUCUGACUUCCUUCCCCGCUGUCUUGGAGACAUUUCAAACUUCAUCAAUCAAGGAGUCGACAUUAAUUCCUCCUCCUCCUCCUUUCCAGCAAACCUUCCCCAGCCUCCAGCCCAGCGCCUCCACCCUUCAGAGACCCGGGAGCCAAAAGCCAGCCGAAGAUGGGCCCGCUCUGCCGCCGCCGCCGCCGCCGCCGCCGCUCCCCGCCGCCCCCCUGGCCCCCGAGUUCCCCUGGAUGAAGGAGAAGAAAUCCGCCAAGAAACCCAGCCAAUCCGCCGCGUCUCCGCCGACAGCCUCCUCGGUUCCGGCCUCCGGGGUCGGAUCGCCCGCAGAUGGCCCGGCGCUGGCGGAGGCGGCGGGCGGCGGGGCGCGCCGGCUGCGCACGGCGUACACCAACACGCAGCUGCUGGAACUGGAGAAGGAGUUCCACUUCAACAAGUACCUGUGUCGGCCGCGCCGCGUCGAGAUCGCGGCCCUGCUGGACCUCACCGAGAGGCAGGUCAAAGUCUGGUUCCAGAACCGGCGCAUGAAGCACAAGCGCCAGACGCAGCACCGCGAGCUGCCCGACGGAGAGCCCGCGUGCGCCGGCGUCCUGGAGGACAGCGGCGAGCCCGCCCCGGAGCCGGUGGGCAGCCCCGGCCGGCCCUCCCCGUCGCGCGCGCCGCGGGAAGCCUGCUCUCUGGCGGCCCAGGUGGCACCCGGGGCCCGGCCUUCGGCCGCGUGCGUGGAGGCUGCGGGCGCGCCGAGCCCGGGCUGCGCCCCGCGCGGGGCGGGCGGGCUGGAGCCUGAGCCGGUGCAGGAAGACGCCUUCCCUGAGCGGCACGAUUCCCCGUUCCUGCCCGACCUCAACUUCUUCGCGGCCGACUCCUGCCUCCAGCUGUCCGGGGGCCUCUCCCCCAGCCUUCAGGGCUCGCUCGACAGCCCGGUUCCCUUCUCGGAGGAAGAGCUGGACUUCUUCACCAGCACCCUCUGUGCCAUCGACCUGCAGUUCCCCUAACCCGUUUUC